AUGUGUGCAGCCGCGGGUGCCAUGGAUCUGCGUGUGCCGCUCGCGUGCGUGCUCAGCUCGCCACUCGGUCACCGCCACGCAAUUCCGCACCGCACGCUCCGACUGGGGGCGGCGCAUCCGUUUGUUGAAUACCUCGACUCCGAUGACACGCGCCUGCCGCAGCACCCCACACUGGCGGUGGUGGCGCAGUCGGCGGAUGCGUACGAGACCUAUGUUGGCGAGGACGUCUGGCACCAACAGGAGCCGAACAACAGCAGCGAUAACAAGAACGGUGAAGGCAACGGUGACACAGACGCAGUGCCGCGGUUUGACGAUGUGGUGCAGUGGGUGAUCGAGGCCCUGAGCGCGGUGGGCGGAGACGGUGCCGGAGUAGUGCUCUGCGGGCGCUGCGUUGUCGCCGACGACUGCGGGUGGGCGGUGCUUUCCCGCACACCGGCGCUGCACUCGCCGCGAGACGUUUUCGUUACGAUGCGCAACUCGUCCAAGUUCCUGCGUGACGUGCAUCACCAGCUGCGCGGUGAGAAGUCAGGAGAAGAAGCUGAAGAAGCCGCAUCAGCACCAGUGCAGGUGGAACUGACGCUGGCGAAAUCCAUGGGCGGAGACCCCGUGAAGGAGUUUCGUGUGUUUCUCCCAUAUCGCCUCUACACAACGGACGGCGAGGUGCAGGUAGAGCUGUGGGACGACCACGUGUAUGCCGGCAUCAGUCAGCGCGCGACGGACGUAUGCUUUCCAGCGCUCAUGGCGUGGGAUGUGGAGAGGCAUGAUGAGAGCUACGCUGUUGUGAUGCGGCACGUCACGAACGCCAUGGUAUUGGAGAAGGCACUUGCGAAGGAUAUACAGCUGCGUGCGGCACUGCUACGGCAAGCUGCUGCUGUUGCUGGUUGUGGUGGUGAUGACGGUAAACGACGUGAGGUGCCGUGUGUUUUGCUGCUCUCAGUGGACGUGCUCUUUGAGAGCCUGUCGCUGCCGGUGCACCUGCUGAGCGCGAAAGUGCGGUGCUUCCGUCACGACGAUGAGAGGGACCCUGCGUGUACGUUUCCCUUCAUUCAAGAGGACAAUACCGCAACAAGUCACAACAGCAGAAACCACAAGGGUGAUGACGAAGAUGAUGGAAGUGAGGAGAGUGGCGAGGAGGACAUGUUGUACGACUCGGUUAGCUUCUUCCGCCUCUUCCGCGACGCUGCGAAUUGGAACCGCCAUGUGGAAUUGUGGCGCCAGCGACACAGCAGAGGAGAGGCCUCUGACGUAUGUGCCUCACAGCAGGAGCGGCGGUAUUUCGUCAUUGCAUCGGAACGCAGCGAUCUGGCACCAACGAAAGAAACAAUGGCGAAGAAGGGGCUUCCGUUGGAGUUCAUCCGACCCGAGCUGAUGCAAGGUGAUGAAGAGUUUCAGCGCGAGUGGCGGGAGAAGUUGAUGCAGUGCAUGUCUGCGGUGGGGCAUCCGCAAGGGUCCAAAUGA